CAGCGGUAUGUCAUGAGUUCGGUGGUGGUACAUGUGCACAGACAUGGUGGAACCGAACAGGUACUCCUGGGUUGUGGUUGCUGCUUCAUUCGCAUCCUUCCUCUUUGGCCCCAGCAUCAGCUACGCAGUUGGUGUGUUCUAUGUUGCACUGCUGAAUGAAUUCAACGAGGAUAUAACACUGACAGCCUGGAUGGGAUCCCUGUACUCCAGCAUGUUCGCUCUAACAGGUCCCAUCGCCAGCUUGAUAAUCAACCUCUUUGACUGUAGAACGUGUGUGGUGACUUCAGGAGCUUUAAUGAUGAUUGGUUUCGCAACCAGCUCUCUGGUGACUGACAUGAAGCUGCUGUUCAUAUCCUAUGCCUUGAUAGCAGGUCUUGGCACUGGUCUAGCACACACUGGCAGUUCAGUCAUUCUUGGAUACUACUUUCCAGAGAAUGCAGGCUUAGCUACAGGUAUAUCAAUUUCUGGAGUUGGACUUGGUAUAUUUGUACACCCCCCUCUUGUGGGGUAUCUAGUGGAAUCAUACGGGUUCCAUGGAGCCUUUCUUAUCGUCGGGGGUAUCACGUUUCACGUGUGUGUUGCCGGGAUGCUAAUGCGACCAGCAACAUUUGAACGAAAAAGGCGACACGUGGCUGAGAAGAGCAAAUCCAGAAGGACAAUGUGCGUCGAUAUAUGCAGAUUUUACUCUGUCUUGAGUAAUUUAUCAUUUUUAUGCUUUAUAAUCAGUCUUUUGUGUUUUGCACUUGCUGUGUCAACAGAAUAUCUCUUUCUGCCGGAUUUCUUUAUAAAACAGGGAUCUACAUUCCAGGAAGGAGCCUUUGUUAUAUCAGCUUCAGGCAUAGGAAGUAUCGUCUCACGUAUUCUCAUAGGAUUUGCUCUGAGUGAUGAGAAGAUUGACAGUGCCACUGUUUUUCCUGCACUAAAUGGUAUUAUGGCGAUUUUCACACUGAGUUUGCCGCUGUUCCUGACAUCACCCUUUCUACGAAUAUUUUACGGCUUUAUCCUCGGGCUAUAUACUGGAGGCACGUGGAUACUCGUGAACACUUUGACACUUCAGAUUCUUAAACUUGAAGAUUUUGCUACCGGAUUAGGUGUAGGGUUGUUUUUCUGUGGAACUGGAUUCCUGAUAGGACCUCCCAUUGCAGGAGCCUUAGUGGAAGCAAGUGGACGUUAUGACAGCGGUUUUAUCUUUGCUGGUAUGUUACUCAAGAACCGUUAUCAUUAAUCCAAACAAAACUCACAUUAUACUUUAUUGCAAUGCC